AUGGCUGCUGUAGACGCUGUGGCCAGGGGAGAGCCGCAGGAGCCCAGCCAGGGCUCCAAGGGCCUGGCCUCUCCAGACCCGAUGCAGAACUGGUACCAGAGGAUAUUUGUCCGCAGCCUGGCGCUGGGGAAGAUCCAGUGCCUCAGCUUCGUCAUGGACUGCACCCUGGCUGCCUACCAGUCCCCUGCCUUCGAGGCACUGUCCUUUGAGCUGCUGGAGCGCCUGGUUUGCACUGGGUACCCACAUGAGUUCCUGCGCUACUCCUACGACCCCUCCUUCCCCACCAGGGGACUGGUGUUUGACGCACUCUAUGGGAAGCUGCUGAAGGUGCCUGGCCAUGGGGACAUGCUGGUGGCUGCCCAUGGCUUCACCCUCCUCUCAGACGUUGGCUGCACCCAGCCCCCUCCUCCCCAGGGCAGAGGUCUGAGCUUUGACCCCAGCAAGUUCAUACAAAGGGAUGACCGUCAGCGCUACGUCCACAACACGCUCUUCAACCUGCCCGAAACCUAUGGCUGCCUGGUGGACGAUUUCGCUGGCUGCUCCCGAUACACCAACUGUGACACUGGCUAUCAGCAUGGGAACCUCUUCAUGUCCUUCCGAAGCCUCUCCCAGGAUGUGACUGAAGCUAUGAAUAACGUCCACCAGUCGGGCUGUCUCAAAGAGAGGACCCUGGAGAAACACGUGGCGCAGGACGCGCGGAUCCCUGUCCUGCUCGGCAAGAUAAAGGAGGUUGGGAAGGUGUUUUUGGCCACCAACGGCAGCUACCAGUACACGGAUGCCACCACGACUUACCUGUUUGCUGCUGGUGAGGCUGAGGACCCAGCCAGGCCCUGGAGGUCCUGCUUCGACCAGAUUGUGGUGGACACACAGAAGCCCUGCUUUUUUGCAGAGGGGAUGGUCCUGAGACAGGUCAACACGAUAAUGGCAGGUGCUGAGGACUCGGGGAAGCUCCACGUGGGCACUUACACUGGGCCCCCCCAGCACUGUGCUGCCCACUCUGGAGGCUCGUGAGACGUGGUGUGCGAGCUACUUGGGGUGCGGGGGAAGGACAUCCUGUACAUUGGGGACCACAUCUCUGGGGACAUCAUCAAAUCCAAGAAGCAGCAGGGCUGGCGGACUUGCCUGGUGGUUCCUGAGCUGUCCCGAGAGCUGGGCAUCUGGGCCCGAGAGAAGGAGAGGUCAGAGCGGCUGAAGAGCCUGGACACACACCUGGCAUAUGUAUGGAAGCAUCUGUGGGCCGCAAAAAACAUCAACUCCAUCAAGAAGGAGAUUCAAAUGCCUCAUGAGACCAUCAUGGAGCAAGAACAGGCCAGUCUGGACCCGGCCUCCUGCUUGCUCUCCUGUAGGCAGAGGGUGCUCCAGGCGGCCUUUGGGGACAGGGAGGACCCGUAUUUCAGAUCAUUUGAUGUAUGGGCCGAGACAACCGCUAUCAUGAGGGGCAGUCGUGGUCCCGAACCCUGUGCAGGGUCCUUGCUGCCAGCCCAGCUGUCCAGCUUGAUUUUUAAGAUGUCACCUUUAAGCUGGGCGGUACCCGGCUUAAAGGUGACAUCUUAA